UUAGCCUCAGCUAACCUAAAAUGUCUAGACAUAAUUUCGCUUUUUAAUACAUGUAUUUCUUCAGAGCAUAAAAUUAGAUUCGCAUUUAUACAAUUGCCCAAACGCUUGGCAUUUUGGCCACAUCCCGCUGCGUUCACUCUAAUUUGGCAUUUUAAGACCGUGCAGCACACUCGGCUGCACUUGCAACUUUUCAUUGUUUGAAACGCAAUUAAUAUUUAAUUCGAGUAAUGAGUUUUAGCCAACGCCAACCAGAAUGGCACACAAUACCAGCGGUGGCGCUCAAUCACAUAUUCGACUAUCUGGAUCCCCGGGAUCGCCUGAACUCGGCGAGUGUUUGUUGUUCCUGGAGGCUUUCCUUCUUUCAAAAACGCUACUUUAGAAACUUCCGCUUUCACUUGGAUGUGGCCCGCGAUGAUCAGUUGGCCUUCUUCCAUCGAUCCAUGGCCAAUUUGGCCAAGGAACUGAUUGUAGUCUUUGACUUUCAAAAUGCAUUUCACAUCCAAAAAAUGCGACGACUUCUAUACAAAGUGGCACGCUGUGAUAAUAUCCAGAAAUUGCGUUUCCAAACCCACAAUGUGGGCCUUGUUGCCAUCGGAAAUAUGCACAGCGAUCACUGGGCGGCCAUCGAACAAUGCUUUGUAGAGCCGCUGAAGCUGUUUCUGAGCCGCAAGCGUCAGCCCUGCCAGCUUCUGGACCUUGGGGCCAUCGAGGCACUGUCUUACUAUGGCCACGACCUCCUAAAGGCCAUGGGCAAGCCCCAGGAGUUGCUGCAGCUGACGCUGGCCAGCAUCAAGUACGAUCCUAGUCACUAUCCCAUCCUCACGCUGGACACGACUCUGCUGCAGAAGUGCGCCGCCCUGCAGGUGCUCUCCCUGGACUAUGACACCCUCUGCGACGAACUGCUGCACACCAUACAGGUGCUACCGCUGCGGAAGCUGCUCAUCGCAGUGCACGGCCUGGACAGCGAGGAGCAUCCCGACGUAUCGGAGGCGGCCUGGUCCAACUUCUCGGACCACUUCUCAAGCAUUGAGCUGGUGCUGACCCUUGUGUACGCCUACGAGGCCAUCGAACUGUUGCAGCAUCGCGUCCUGCGUGGGAACAUGCCGGUCACCCAUGUGCGACUGCUCUUCUGUGAGCAGAUGAACGCCGAAGCUCUGGACUGGAUGUCGGUGCAUCACAGCGAAACGCUGCGCAGCAUCCACUAUGUGGACUCGGCGUACAAGCAUUCGAACCGCAUGGACUACGCUCGCCACGGCUACCUGCGCCAGGACCCAUUCGUCAUGAUGGCCUGGCGCUGCAAGCAGCUGGAGGAGAUCGUGGUGCAUGGCUAUUUGAUGGAUCCGCACAACCUAGUGGGCAUCGCCCGGCUGCGGGGUCGGCAGCUAAAGCGUCUGGAGGUCUCCAUGAUCGACUGGUCCGGCGCUGCUUCGAUGAAUGCCUACAACGAGGAAAUAAGCACUUUACUGGGACAGCAGUGGUCGCCCAUCAGCCCGGACAAGAUGCCGCCAACGCUGGCAUUCGACUACGAGUCACGCGACCAGUUCGUGUACGAAAUGCUCCGCCAGGAUCUCAGCCAGUAAGUGGUCGAAAUGGUAAGGGACUCACUAAAAAAUAACCAAAAAUUGAAGCAAAGUCAUCAAGUGAACGAAGGAAAAGCAAACAUGACACGUGAUCAACUCGAGCGCAUAGAAAUUAAUUUAAAAAUUGCAAAACCUAAUUACGUAGCUAAAACUAAACCCCAAACGAGAUAUGUAAGCAAAAAGAAAAUUCAACCGUUAUACUAAGUUAUCAAAAUUUAUAUAUAUGUAAACCAAACCUUUUGAUUGGCAAGCAUUUUAUAGAAGUUACAUUUCCUAAGUUCAUAGCCUUUGUAAUUAAAAUCGCGAUUGGCCCUUGUUUGUUAGUCGAAAAGCGGGAGAUUAUGAGCAACAGGAAUGCUAGGAGCAAGGCAAAAGACUUGAGCACUUCACAAAUUUAUGUAAUUAUGAAUGUAACAACGGGGCGAAAUGAGUUUGUUGAUAUCUGCUAGAGAAACAUCAUUUUAUAAGCAACAACAACUGUGAUCCAAGCGAAAUGCAAAAGCGAGUGCAGAUGCAUCUGCAUCUGCAAGUGCAAGCCAGUGUGAGCAAUAGCAACACCAACUCUCAUACAUAAACAAAAAACGACAUCAACAAAUGUUAAGCGAAUUGUCUAGUUAGCUAAGUUUAAAAGUAACAAAAAGAAAUGUUUGUAAAACCAAAACUACGACCAAUGUCAAAUUGAUUGCUCAAAACUCAAUUGGCACAAAUUGUUAACCUUUGUAGUAGUGUGAAUAAGUAUGGAAUCCGGCGCUCAAUUGUGAUAAACCAACAAACAACAACAAAAGCAAAUGUAACAACAACGAGAGCUCGAUCCUCGUUCGCUAAGCGCCGCCAUUUGUGUAGUUUAAAGUGAUAUUUCCAGCAACAGCAAGCAAAUUGUAAGCAAAUCCAAGAACACCACACAGAUAUAUAUGUAUUGUAAUAGCCAAAAGGAGCUAAAGAUUAGUCGAGUGUGGUACAUGCGUUUAGGCCAGCAAAACGGGCCAGAAUGCCAGGCAAUAGUAAGACCCAACAUCAACUUUUAAGUAUUUCGUAGCACAGGCAUUAAGUUAUACAACUAUGUACUAUAUUUAACCUAUGUUUGCACAAAAACAGCAGCGUGUUGUCACGAUCCGCGGCUCAUCCUCCCCAGAGUUGCUUGCCGACCAACAAGUACAACAACCGCAACAAUGACAACAUCAACAACAAGAACAACAAUGGUACCUGAAGAUCAUGCUGAGCAUUUAGACAACAACCGAACAACAACAACCACAAAGUACUUGCUCAAAUCUAACAAUCUAAACAAACAACAAAAUCUAUUGAAACAGAAGACUGAACGAUGAUGAUGAACGAUCGCGACGAGUGUGUUGGCUUCGUUGUCAGAGCAACGCGGAGGAUGGCACUGGGUUUACGAUCUCAAGACAACUCUUACCACUACCCAAUCGACCAUCAAUAUUUGUAUCUAUCUAUAUAUGUAACCAAUGCAUGUAAUAAUUUUUGUUAUGAACUGCAAUAGCGAAUAUUAAUUUGUAAAUCGAGUGCAAUGUAUGUCGAAACAGCUAAGCAGCAAUUGUGGCACGACCACAGAAAUGUAAAUCCGAAAACAGCGUAGGGCUCUGCAUGAGAUUCCAAAUCCGCGCCCUAAACUUUGUUAUCAGACCUGUUUUUAACGUGGCUGCACAUUUAAUUUAAGUCUAGUACGUACCAACACAACAACCAACAACAAAUGUGAUAAAAGUGUCAUGCUGCUUCCAAAACAACAGCCCGUGCGAAAUGCGAUCUAAGUUAGAGCACGAUUGAAGCAAUGAAAGGGCGGUAGUAAGCAUUGGAAAGUCAGGGCCCGGUUAAUGGGGGUUAUAGGCGAUAAAAGCUCUGUUCCAUAGCUAUCUUUCAUACGAUGUGGUGUAACGUCUUCUCAGUUCUCUUUGUUCCUCAGUAUCUGAACCUAGAUCAAAACAUCUAUACCUCAAAGCGCAUUACAAAAUUAAAGCACCGUAUAGCUAAAAAACAGAGCAAAGUCUCAGACAGCCGUCAUUAAUCGCCAAGGGUCGUCAAUCAAUGUAUUCAUUCAAUUGCAAUCAAGGUAAAUGAAAAGAAAGUAUUAAGUUUUUCUGUUAUACUAGAGUCACUUCCAACGCUGCUGCAUAUGAGUAACGUUCUUUUUGUAUACUUACUACAAAAAAUAUAUCUUUUAUAUGCCAUUUAUUGUAUUUAAAUUCGAAGAGACCGAAACCAAUUUUGUAAACCAUUCCACGAGCAACAACAAGAAGAAACCAAUGCGAUUUACGCUAACGUAUGUACUGAACCAGUAGCAACACUGCAAGAAAAGCGGGACAACAAGCAUGUUUAAGAUAGGGUUGAUCGCGAUCGAGAGCAGCAACAACCAGAAGCCAGCGUGUUAAUAUAUGUAUGUAGAGUAUAGUCCGCAGUAGAUAUUCAGGGGAACACCAAGAGCAGAGGGGUUAGGCAGAAGCGAAAAGAAAAGAUACGAUACAGCCGUGCAUUAACAACAAUGUUUAUAUAUGUAUAUGCAAGUUAUGCUUAAAAGUUAUAAGAGCAAAAGUGAAGAGAGCUGUGAUAUAUCAAAAUCCAAGAAAAGGCAAACAACAACCGAUAACACCGACACAUGAAACUACAGAACUACAGACAAGCCAAUUCGAAACGAGUGCGACCAACAGAAGAAUGUUAACAACCUUUCCAGAACCGAGAGCCAGGCGAAUGGAGAACGACCAUCAGGAUAGAAAUUCAAGGCGAAUCGUGAAGGAUCAAAUCAGAUCCUCUAGUAGUUAGCUUAGCGGGAUUACGAAGGACGAAAGUGGGGAACCAAAGUUUUGAACCGAAGUGUUCGAGUGGGGCAAACAGCAUGCGGAACAUCUAGUAAAAGGUAUUCCGAUCAGAGGAAACCUGAAGAGAGAAAUCAAAUGUUAAAUUAGAUAUCCCUGUAGUAAAACACAAUAUUAAGAUGAAAAACUGCACAUAGCUUUAAAUACACGAAAGCAAACCCCUUAUUUUAAGUCAGUUUCCAUUUGAUUUGCCAUGCUUAUGAUUUGUGCAAGAUUUUAAAGUUUAAUGUAAAACAAAACAGAGGCCAACGACCGUUUGUGUGGCAUAUGCAAUAUCAUUACAAUCUAAGGCAACCAACCAAUAUAAACCAAUUAAAGCGUAGCAAACACAAUGCAUUCAAUUGAAAAACCAAUAAAAACGUUUGAGAUUUAAAACCGAGAA